CAUUGCAUUUGCUUUGUCACUCCAUAUUGACUAAAACAAGACUUUCAACAUUUUCAUCCACCGACCAAACCACCAUCACACAAAACUCUUCCAUUUCUCUCUCCCCACAAUCUUCGACCCUCAAAAAUCACCAUGAACAGACAACAAAAACCUUCAUCUUUUUCCCAAGAAGAAGCAAAUUUAUCACCUUCCCAGCUUCUCCAAUUAGCUGAAUCCCAUCUUCGUCUACGAAAUUUCUCUCUUUGUAGUCAAUAUGUUCUUGAAUCUAUACAACCGAAUGACCCAAAUUGUGCUUCUAAUCAUCAACAUGCAUCCCAACUUCUUGCAAUCUCCAACAUCUUAUCUUCUCCUAAAAAUUACUACUCAAUUCUUCAUAUUGACACUUUUUCUAAUGAUACUGCUUUGAUUAAAUCUCGAUUUAAGCACCUUCUCUUUCUUCUUGACCCAGUAAAGGAUAGAUCAUCAUUAGCUGAUGAAGCAAUUAAUUUGGUUAUCGAAGCUUAUGAUUGUUUAUCUGACCCUACAAGAAAAACCCAGUUUGAUUCGAAGUUGUCUGGUCAAAUUGAAGAUGAAAAUAUUGAAACUUUCUGGACAUUUUGCCCUUAUUGUUUUUACAUGUAUGAAUUUUCUAAGGUUUAUGAAGGGUGUAGUUUGAGGUGUCAAAAUCAGAUUUGUAGAAAAGUUUUUCAUGGGGUUUCUUUGAAGUCUCUUCCUAAGAUGGAAUUGGAAAAAGGUAGGUUUAGUGGGUUUGGGUUUUUUCCAUUAGGGUUUUCUUCUGGAAGUGGGGAAAAGUUUGAAUCUUGGUCGCCUAUUGUAGGGAUGUUUCCUGUCCAAAAUAGCGGGGAAAAUCAUGCUGGUAGAGUUGAUUUAAAUGAUGUUAAUGGUGUUGGUAAUGAUUAUGGAAAUGAUAACUAUGUUUAUAAUCAUGGGUUUGAUGAUUUUGUAAAGGUUAUGGAUGAGAGUGAUGAAUCAGAGAAUAUGGAAAAUGCUGGGAAUCACAGGAUGAUGAAGCGAAAAUCGGUUGCAAGGAAUGCUCAAAAAUUGAUGAGUAGAAGGAGGGAUAAUGAUGGUAAUGCUGUUAAUGGUUAUGGGAAUUAUGCUAAUGAAGAUGAAGAUGAAGAUGAGGAAGAUGUCUUUGAGGAUGAUCAUGCUGGUGUAGUGGAUGGAAAUUGCUUCGAAAGCGAAAACAUGGCCUUUUUCGAGGAGAAUGGUGAAAUUUUUGUUGGACUUGGCCCUGAUGGUGGACUCUAAUGGAUGUUAUGGUAGAACAAGGUGCAGGUUACAACAGUUCUCUUGCUGCCGAUUCAGCCUUGUGCUAUGCUAAUCGAAAUGCAUAAUUUUUGUUCCAUAUUAUGGAAGGGUGUCGUUCCCCUAGCAUUUCUGGACUGCAUAUUGUGCAUGGUUCGAAUUCGGGGUCAAACACUUGAUUCUCCCCUCUUUCUGUUCCAUUCAUCUGCUCAUUGAUCAUUAUGUAUGUUCUAUUGGAUCUGUGAAGAACUUGCUAGCUGAUGACUACAGUCCCUGUAGUACAGAGGACUUUUUCCAAACCCGAAACUUGAGUCCGGCUCUCCGACAUCUAACAAAUUGGUAGGCUGAUUUUUUCUGCUUCUUUUAUUAGUAUUGAUUUUGCUUUGCUAAGAGAAGAGAGGGAAUGGAAAGAUUAAUGGCAGAAGUCUUGCCUUUUUAACUAGACUGCUGAAUUGAACCCAACGGUUUAUUAAUCCAUAAUAGGAUAGAUGAUGCACUGUGGAAGCAUUAGAGAGAAGUCUUAUAUUGUAGAUCCACUUUACUCCAAUGGCUUUUGCAUUUAUCAUUCAAUCUCUUCCUCCAUGAAAAUUUUCCUUUUUGGAUACCAAACUGCUUCUUGAUAUUUUUUGUUGAUUCAAUGAUUGCUAUGUGACAUUACUUAUAAUUUUCCAUCUCAUUUACUUCUGUAAAUUUAGCAUAUAAAUUUGUGAUAUGCUUCUUUGCUUAGGUCCUGUUGCAUUCUUUUCUUCUAAUUUUUGUUCUGCAGUUCUAAUUCUGACACAAGUACAAGGAAACCGGUACACUUAUCAAAUUCUUGCUCAAAUCUGAUCCAUACAAAACUUUUUGGAUGUGUUUUACUUCUUUGCGAGUUUCUAUAGCAAUUGUGUCUUUACCACUUGAACUAACGUCACCAAUCUCAUAAGUUUAGACUGAAGUAUCAAGUUGAGUAAAAUUGGAUGAAUCUUUGGUCAUGUGUUUGCUGCCCCCACUAUCAAUCAACAAUUCAUUAGUUGAUUCUUGCCCAUUUUCAUGCACACUGAACAAUUGACGUACUUUUUCUGAAACUUGUGCUUGUGCUUGAGUCUGUUUUUUUUUUUUUUUUCAAUUUUUAUCUAUUAUCUCUUUGGCCUUAACAUUUCCACUUCCUUAGAAACUCCAUGCCCAUGUGUUUUGGCAUAGCACCUGCAAUAUUUGGGUCUCGAUGUGCUGAUGCUGAGGCCUUUCUUGUUUCCCGAUAGGGUUGAUUGAUAAGAUUCCCAAUAGUUAGCAUUUGCAAUGCAAUAACCCAAUAUCUGUUUACUUAACUUAUUUUUGCUGAACAUAAGUUGUAUUUUUUGGCAAUUGUUAUGUAACCAAACCAUUUAAACAUUUUAUAGUUAUUACCAAGCCACCACUCAUGCGUGCACACAUUGUUAUGUAAUUAGAAUCAUACUCACCUACUACCUACUAGAAAGAUUGAUAAUCGUCUUUUUGUCCAAGCCUAAUGUCAGGUUUGUUCACUCUUACUAACAGCGAACAAGAGAAAAAAAUUUACUAUGACUUUGUUCGCUGUUACUAACAACAAACGAAAGAGAGAUAAUGUCAUAGUGUUUGAAGGAACAAAAAAAUCACAUGUUUUUUUUGUCCCUUCCUACGCUAUGAAAUUCCCUUUAUUUGUUUGCUGUUGGUAACAACGAACAAAUAAUUUUAACUUUUUUGACUAUUUUCUUUAUUCCCUGCUAGUAACAGCUAAUAAAUAUAUGACCUUAGCUUUGCUAUGGCACGAUUAUUUUGGGAUUUAUUUCUUAAAAUAAGUUAAUUUUUUUCAAAUUUUCAAUCAUGGUUACAUCUUAUAUCACUUUAGCUUUUUCACCAAAGUACAGAUUCCCUAUAAAUACAAAAUUGCAUGUUUAAGCAUGUCAUUAAGUAAUUUUCAUUUAGGAAAGGAUUAAUUACUUAAUUUUAUCCUUAUUAGUGU